GUGAUGAUCACAAAUCGAGAUAAUGCGUACCUUAUUCUUCUUGAAGAUGUUCGCGACAACGCUUUGACGCCCCGCAACGUUCUUCGACGCCUCGCGCGAUCCGGGGGCCAGGUUUCUCGGAGACAGUUUUGGAACGCGGUGAAGUGCUCCAGAGACGCUCGCCAUGACGGCGACUUCUCGCGCGCGUCGACUCAACACUCGCGUCUGAGCGCAAAUAUGGCUGUAAAGAGGUUUGAUUUAACGCCUGAGCGAUCCGACGGAUCGUUCGACCCCCACGAAUCAAAGUUCGCGUUUUUGCACUGGGUGCGCUCGCCCACGCCGGGAGUGCGUCUCUGGGGCGAGCCGUGGUCCGAUUUGUACAGUACCUCAGUCGUGCGCGCGCCGCACGGUUCCACUGCCCGCUGGGGCGCUCAAGAAGAUUGA